AUGUUCCUAAUGGUAUUGAAAGAAAUUCCAGAACUUAGGGAAUUAUCAUAUCAUUCACUUUACUACACUUUACGUAUUGGAGAGUUCUUUAAUGGUUCAACAAUUCAUAUUUCUUAUGAUACUUUACUUCAUGAUAAAGAACAAAUUCCUGUUUUGAAAAAUGUUUCUGAAUAUUUUGAUUUAUUAAAAGAUCAUCCUGAAGUUAAACCUAAAAAGAUCAUAUUUGAUAAUCCUUUUACUGCUUCAUUUUUGACUAUGAAAUUUCCAGAUUCUGUUAAAGAUGUUGACAUUGAGAUCAAUAUAAAUGGUCAAGGAAGAAGUCUGAAAACCAUGUUUAUGUUUUGUAAUUUGGUCGAACAAAAGCCUGUCCCCGUGAAAUCUUAUGUUUAUAAUAAUAUAGGUUGUAUUCCACCGAAAAUUGCUCUUCCAUUAUAUGAAGGAUUAGAAGAAGUCACUGUUCCAGCAACUCUGGAGUUUGAAAUGUUUAAUCCGGAAAAGAUUGUCGGAUAUCCAGUGAUUGGAUUUGCAAAAGCAAUUUUCCCAAAUUUGAAAUCACUUUCAUUUAUGAGACGUAUUUCUCCCACGGAAGUUAAUCGUUUCCCAAAGCAAUUAAAGAAAUUAUCUUGUCAUAUAUGGAUAUCUAAUGACCCAAUUGCUAAGGAUAUUAUUUUACCUCCACAUCGUCGUUCAGUGAAUAAAAAUCAAGAUAAGAAGAAGCAAUUGCUUGAUGUCAAAUUCCCUGAGAAUUUACAAGAGUUGGAAAUUCUUGCUGACGAUGACAAUCCUCUGGCAGAAUCCAUCAUUGACAUUUCCAAUUUAUCUAAACUUAGAAAAUUCAAAAUUAGUAGUCCUUUACAAGCAAAAGGUCAUUGUACUUUAAAACUUCCAUCUGGAUUGAAAGAAUUGUAUUGUGAAUCUGGUACUUUUAUGGCUGAUACAUUGGAUGUCAUGUGUCCUAAUUUGCAAAUAUUGGAAAUCGAUGAAAAUGAUAUUAAAUUUGAGCAACUUGCAGAUAUUGUCAGACAUUUACCAUCAUAUUUGGGCUGUUUGAAAAUUCCAUUAAAAGCUUUUAAAAUGUUAGAUAACAAGGCCACUGCGAAGAACCAAGACACCGAUAACAGAGGAAUGCUUGGUAAAGCAAUUUCGGGUGUUUCAAGUUAUGUAUUUGGCUCACCUGGUACUACUACUGAACCUACAAGCGACGUCCAAUGGAAAUUACCUGAAGGAUUAAGAGAGCUUGAAAUUGUCGGGAAUGGUGAAUCUAAUGAAAAUACUGUUCUUGAUUUUGAAUUGAAUAAAUUGACUAAUUUGGAUAAAUUAACCAUUUCUAAAGGUAAAAAGUUGAAAAUUAUUGGAGAUUUCCCAGAAAAUCUUACUGAAUUAUCACUUGGAGAUGUUGAUUCCAGUAAUUUGAGUAAAGUUUACAAGCUUAGUAAAUUACACGACCUUCAAGUUGAAGGACCAAUUGGUACUGAUGAUUUCAACAUUGAUCUUCCUGAUUCGUUGAUUAUUUUGAUGUUGUUCAAUUGUAAAUUGAAACAAGUUCACGUUACUGCACCAAAUGUUCGUAAUUUGGUUACUUUUGGUAAUAAUUUCUCCGAUAUGAAUUCAAAAACAUUUGUUGUUCCUGAUUCAAUUAAAAAAUUGUGGUUAACACAAUCAGGUAUAACAAAAAUUUCUAUUGAAUUACCACCUAAUUUAGAAAAGAUGAGUUUGUCAGCAAACGAUAUUUAUUAUGUCGAUAAUUUACCAAAAAAUUUAAGACAGUUGGAUUUAAUACUGACAGGAUUAGGCAGUAAUAACAAAGCAUCUAAUUUCCCAGAAGGUUUAGAAAAACUUGAUAUUUCAGGUAACGCAAUUGAUGGGGAAUGGUUGAAACGUCUGAAUAUUAAACAAUUACCAAAUUUAAAAGAUUUAAGUAUAAGAGAUAAUCAAGCAAUUCUGCUCGAUCCAAGAGACUUGCCACCUUCAUUAGCGGUAUUGGAUAUCAAUGGGGGAUUUUAUGCAUCUAUUGAAUCUGAUUUUAAAUGUUUACCAAAUCUUGAACAAGUUGAUUUCACCGCUAAUCAUGUUAAUUCAUACUUUGAGCUGUUUGCAGAUUCUAAAAAAGAAAUCUUUGGUGAUAAAAUCAAUUUCGUAAGUGUUAGAGAUCCUGGUAUUUCCAAGAAAACAGUCAUUGCAUUAAUGAAUGAAUUAAAUCCUAAAAAAGGAUAUGUUGAUGUACCACAGAGAUUACUUGAUACUAUGGAAAUGAGAACUAGUAUUCUCAGAGUUGGUUCACUUGGUAAAAAUGGUCCAUUUGAUUAG